CCGGUCCCACCUGGCUCCGACCCGCGUCAUGGCGCCGAGCUAGUCCAGUCUGAUCCUGGCGGCCUUGGCAGCCCGGACUGCCGCAGCCGGGUCGGGCCGCGACGGGCCGGGACGGCACCGGCGAAUCGCAUCGUAUCAAAUGUGAUAGCAGAUGAGGAAUCCUCUCGGUACACUUCCACUGUCCGAGCCUGAGGCUGGGCGUCGCCGAAGGACCCGCGUCUCACAGCCACAGCGUCCAAGGACCUGAUCGCUGAUCGCCCGGUUGUUGGCGUCGGUCAGUCGGUCGCGAAAGGCGCAGGUUCGCGCUCGGCGCGUCGGGCCAGUCGCGUCUCAGACAUGGUGCGAGUCGGUGUGCGCGUCCUCGUCCUCGGCGUGCUCGCCGCCGCGAUGGCGGUGGCCGCCGGUGCCCCGGCCGCCUGCCCCGACGCGCCCUCGCCCCCGCUCGCCGUGGGCGCGCCCUGCCACCACGCCGAGCUCAACGUGACGGGCGAGUGCCGCUCGACGUGGAGCUGCCCCUACGUGCGCAGGCAGAAGGCCUCGGACCGCCGGUACUGCGCGCAGCUGUGCCGGCCGCAGGGGGUGUGCUGCCCGGCCCAGCCGCCGCCGCCGGCGUGGCGCGAGGCACACCGGGAGCCUCCCCCGUGCGUCGGGGGCCGCGUGCCCGGCUCGCCCCGGGCGGACGACCUCCUCGCCUGGACUAACAAGCUGAGGGCCGCGCCGUGCACCAUACCCGAGGAGGAGAUUGACAUCCCCAGAGUCCCAGCGAACGCGUCCGUCAUUGAGAGGAAAUGUCUGUCGUACCAGUUGCUGGAGUUCAUGGACGAGGACGACGCGGCUCUCACUGUUGAGGAUGAUGUCUAUUGCAAGCGCUACUGCGCCAAUGACGAGGGUGUGCCGUUCGUCGUCGGGGGUGAGGACGCCGGCGACUACGAGUUCCCGCACAUGGCUCUCUUCCUGGACGAGAAGGACGAGCCGUACUGCGCGGGGACCCUGAUCUCGGAGGACUUCGUGUUGACUGCUGCGCACUGCGCCGUGCCCGCCCGGGUGCUGCUUGGCCUCGUGCGGACCAACGAGAGGGACAACGGGAACGUGAAGGUGGCGAGGGUGGCGAAGCACAUCGUGCACCCCGACUUCUUCAGGUCGGGCGGCGCGCACUCGGACAUCGCGCUGUUGCAGCUGCAGGAGCCCGUGCGCUUCACCGUGUACGUCCGGCCCGCGUGCCUGCACACGGGCGACGACGCGCGCCUCCAGGAAGCCGUCGUCACCGGCUGGGGGUACCAGGAGUACGACUCGGGCUCAGGAGUGAAAGAGAAGGACAAGAAGACGAGCGAAGCUCUGCAGAAGGCGUCAGUAGACAUCUUUUCCCGCGAGCACUGCCUGGAGAUGUGGGGCGACGAUUCGCUCCACGUGCACGAGAAGCACAUAUGCGCCCUGGGCAAGAAGAAGAAGGGAGUACGGCCCGACGCAUGCCAGGGCGACUCCGGCGGCCCGCUGCAGGUGUCGACUGCGGGCGGCCCCGGCCCCGGCCCCGGCACCUGCUCCUACCUCGUGGCGGCCGUCGUGUCCCAGGGCCGCGGCUGCGGCACCGACCGCCCGGGCCUCUACACCAGCGUCUCCAGGUUCACCGACUGGAUCCAGCGCUGGGUGUGGCCGUGCGAGGUUUGACCCCAACCGACCGGACCACCCGACCACCGGCUGAGCGGGACCGGCUCAAGCUGUUGUUAUUGUUAUCGUUCCCAUUGCAAUAAAUCCUCCGUGAGAAAGGA